CGACACACCCGCUUUAUCCGCAACUACCGCCAAAGCCAACCCAGCUAAGCCAUGUCGACUAUUCCGAGAAACCUGAAGCGCAAAGACCUUUUCCAAACAAAGGGCUUUAUCGCAGGGUCAUGGGUAGACGCUCAAGAUGGCGCCACAUUCGAAGUGCGCAAUCCGGCAUCCCUGGAGACUCUCGCCACGGUGCCGGAGAUGGGCGCCGCCGAUACGGCCAAAGCCGUCGCAGCGGCCCACGAAGCAUUCAAGUCGUAUAAAAAGACCUCGGCACGAGAGCGGGCUCGGUGUCUGCGUCAGUGGAACGCCCUUUGCCACGAACAUGUGGAUGACUUGGCACUGAUCCUGACGAUGGAAAACGGGAAGCCCUUCGCGGAGGCCAAAGGAGAGGUGCUGUAUGCUGCUUCGUUUCUCGAGUGGUUUGCAGGGGAAGCCGAGCGAACUCACGGGGAAGUGGUUCCGUCUGCGAAUCGCAACCAGCGCAUUUUAACCAUCAAGGAACCGAUCGGUGUAGCGGCUUGUCUUGCGCCGUGGAACUUUCCCAUCGCGAUGAUCACCCGCAAGGUUGGUGCAGCAUUGGCUGCUGGGUGCACGACGGUCUGGAAACCGGCUGGCGAGACGCCCCUGAGUGCGUUGGCCCAGGUUGUGCUUGCGAAGGAAUCCGGCUUCCCUGUUGGCUCGAUCAAUGUUGUCACGACCUUGAAUAAAGUGGGAGAAGUAGGAGAGGCGCUCUGCACGUCUAAGUUUGUGCGCAAGCUCAGUUUUACGGGAUCCACGCGCGUGGGCCAAUUGCUUGCGAGGCAGUGCAGCACAAACCUCACGAAGCUUUCUCUCGAGCUUGGUGGGAAUAGUCCGUUCAUUGUUUUUGACGAUGCGAAGGUUGAAACGGCCGUUGAAGCUUGUCUGCUUGCCAAGUUCCGGAAUUCUGGCCAGACGUGCGUCACGGCGAACCGUAUCUUCGUUCAAAGGGGCAUCUACCAGGAAUUUAUGCAAGCGCUGAUCGCCAAAAUCAAGACGUUAAAGGUCGGGGAUGGAAUGGAAAAGGAUGUAUUCAUUGGUCCUCUUACUCAUGAGCGAGCCGUUGGAAAGGCGAUGGAACAUAUAAAGGAUGCAACGAGUCGCGGUGCAUCUGUUGAGCUCGGCGGAGGUCCAUUCCGGCCUGGAGAUCUUGAUGGGUAUUUCUUCCAGCCAACUGUGCUGAGCGGCAUGUCCAUGGAGUCUUUGACCACACAGGAGGAGACCUUUGCACCUGUAGUUGCUCUAUAUCCAUUUGAUACCGAAGAAGAGGUCUUGGAAAAGGCGAAUGACUGCGAUGUCGGCCUGGGGAGCUUCGUCAUGACUGAAUCAACCCCACGGAUGUGGCGGGUUGCUGAAAGUCUCGAAGUAGGCAUGGUGGGCAUCAAUUUAGGCAUGCUAAGUGCGUGUGAGAGUCCUUUUGGAGGAGUUAAGCAGUCUGGAUAUGGCCGCGAAGGAGGGCGUGGAGGCAUCGAUGAGUACCUCACUGUGAAGAGCAUUCUCAUCAAUGUCAGCAAUUAGAUACCAG